UCAAAAAGUUAUAGUUGCGCGCGAUAAAAUAUUUAAAAGAAUACAAAAUAAUUACAAACAACGAAUUAUAGAAUUAUAUAAUGGACGUUUGCAAUAUCAUGUAUGAAAGAAAAGAACAAUCGAUUUUAUAUGCUUCAUUUCCGCAAAUAAAUGAUUUAUGUUGUGUAAUUUGUGAAAUUGAUUUUAUCGAAGUUCGUGAUUCAUCAGCAAAAUCAAAUUUUCACUGGCAAACAAUGAAAUGUCGAUUACUUAUUCAUUUAAUUUCUGAUAUUAUUGCUUCACCAGUAAUGGGCACAGAAAAAUUUAUAUUUGUUAUUGCGAAUAAAAAAUUUUUUGAAACUGGAAAGUUGUUAAAAAUUUUAAAAAAUUUUAAACUAGUGUAUCAAGGAUUACGAUCAGUUACAAUAGAAUUAUACAAAAUUUGUCUUAUAUAUACGAUACAGACUAAAAUAGCCCCUUUGUGGAAUAAAGUUGGUGAAUAUUUAGUUCAAGGAAAAGAUUUUUAUAACUUUAUACAAGGAACCAGAGCAUUGAAAUUAGAUAUACUUAUAGAAGAAAAGAAUAUAUCUAUAAAACUUCAUGCAGAAAUAAUUAAAAUUCCAUAUAUAAAACUUGAAGAUUAUUUUCCGUCAUCUGUUAUAUCUCAGUUUCUAGCAGAUCCUAAAGGAUAUAUUGAUUUAUCUCAGUAUAAUCCUCCAUUCGUAUAUGUAUUACCAAGCACAAAAAAAGGAAAAUUAUUAUCUGUAUCUAAAGAACUUCCAGCAAGAUGUGUUUUUAAAGAUUAUGAUCAAUUACGUAGACAUUGGAAAAAUAUGUAUGGAUAUUCUUUAUCUAAAAAUAAAAAUGAAAUUUUAUUUUAUGAAAUUAAAUUUUUGAUUCCUAAAUCUAAUAUUUUCAUAUAUCCUAAUAUGUGUAUAGCAAGUGGACCAUUAGAAAUUAUUCCAAAUAAAGAUAAAAAAUCUACAAUUACAUAUUUUUUAGCUGAUAUGCUUAUGAAAUUACCUACAGUUUGUGGUAAACAAUUACAAAUAUCUGAAUAUACUCCAUUUAUUCCAAAAUCUUUAAAUAUAAAUUUAUCAUCUAAUGUAUUAUUAAAAGAUAAAAAAUUGGGUACAUAUCUUAAAGAAAAGGAAAACAUUACUUCACAAUUUGAAUUUUCUAAUAAAUAUGCAGAUGGAUUAACAAAAAAUACAAAUGUUGCAACAUCUUUAACAACACAAUUAACUAAAAUCCAUCAAUUUAAUAAUGUACAAUUUCAUGAAAAUAUAAAAAUUGAUUCAAUUAACAAAAAUGCAAAAGAAAAUCAAAAUGAAAGCCAAUGUUUAAAUAGUACACAAAAUGUAAAAGAUAAUUAUAUUAAGAAUAAUGUUUUAAGAAAUUCAAAUGAUCAUUUUAUUCUAUCAAAGGAGAAUACAAUUUCAAGAUAUUUUAAAAUUCAAAAGACAAAUUCUUGUAAUGAUAUGGAUCAAGAUAUUACAGUAGAAGAAAUGGCAAAAAAAAAUCAGUUAGAUCAGAUGAAGAAUAGUGAUUUAAGUGACUGGUUAAAAAAACAUUCAAUUUCACAUAAUACUCAUGGGAAAAAAACUGAACUUAUUAAUAAAAUAUUAUCUCAUAUAAAAAACACUCAAAUAUUGCAACAAUAUCGUAUUUAA